AUGAACCCUGAAGCGAUUCGAAAUCAUCUGUCAAAACGCGUAACGCCGACGUAUCUGAAGGAAUCAGCAGGUGACGAGUCAUGUUGCAUCUUCAGAAUAAGUAAUCGUCUCCGUCGCAUCAAUAGCAGAGCCUACGAGCCCGAUCUACUGUCAAUCGGUCCUUACCAUCACGGGAAGAAACAGCUCCGGAUGAUUGAGGAGCACAAGCCUCGAUUUCUCCGUCUUUUCGUUGAAGAAGCUGGCAAAAACGGUGUGGGUUUAGAAGAACUUGUCGAUACUGUAUCUAGAAACGAGGAAGCUUUUAGGAGAUGUUAUUCCGAGAAUCUCGUUGAGUUAAAUCGGGAGGAGCUGAUGAAUAUGAUGCUACUCGAUGGCUGUUUUAUUCUUAUAUUGUUCUUCAUCGUCUCUAGGAAACUUGAGCUCACCGGAAAAGACGAUCCGAUUUUCCGGAUGCCCUGGAUUCUGCCGACGAUUCGCAGCGAUCUUCUGCUUUUGGAAAAUCAAAUCCCGCUUUUUCUUCUGGAAGCCCUCUUUGUCACUUCGAGGAUAAGCCCUUCCGGUGGGUUGAACAAGAUGGCCUUUAAAUUCUUCCGCUACUCAACGCAACUGCCGGAAAGAUCUCGGCAGAGUAACUACGAGAUCAAAGCAAAACAUCUCCUUGAUCUCAUCCGUCAAACUUUCAUCCCUUUUACUUCCACAAAUCAAGUAAGUCUCUCCAUUCCUUCUGAUUCGAACCCUUACCUUCGAUUAAUCACAUCGGCGAGGAGACUCCGUAACAAGGGAAUAGUACUCACGGCGAGGAAAAAGGCAGAGACUUUGUUGGAUAUAAGGCUCAGGAACGGUGUGCUUGAGAUACCACCGUUGGUCUUAGACGACUUCAUCGGCCAAGUCUUUCUCAACUUUGUUGCUUUUGAGCAGUUCUACGGUUACUGUUCAAACCACAUAACGAGCUACGUAGCUUUUAUGGGGUGCCUCAUGAACGACGAGGAUGACGCCAGGUUCCUAAACAAGAAGGGGAUCAUGGAGAACUAUUUCGAGACGGACGAGGAGGUCUCUCGGUUCUUCAAGAGCGUUGGUAAAGACGCGGCUUUCGACAUUUCUAGGAGUUAUCUAGCGGAAGUGUUUCAAGGACUGAACAAACAUACUUCAAAAGGCUACGUUGUGCGUUACGAAGAAUUGAAGCACACCUUUUUCGGCUCUUCGUGGACCUUGUUAGCAUCUUGUGCUGCUCUGUUGCUCCUAGCUCUCACGCUUAUCCAGACCUCUCUCGCCGUCGGUAGUUACUUUCGUAUCGACAAUAAAAGGAAUUGA